GGUGGCAACGCCGGGUCAGACCGGCAAAAACAGCUGAUGGGACAGAAAAAGAAAUUGCAACAAAAUAAAAGUUUUGGCAGACAGUAAACGUUGCAGGUGCCAGGAAAAAGCAUUUGCACUCUAGUCAAAUUGUAGAUCGAUCAAUUUACUGAUAGUAAAGAGAGCGUGUGAGAGAGAGAGAGAGGGCAGCGGGCAAGGAGAGGAAAUUGUAUUUUGGCAAGAAAAUGAGCAAUCGACAGCGCACGGUGAUUAUAUUCAAAUCGGAAUCGGAAAGUACUGAUGUGUAUGCGGAGACCUUGCUGGGUCACAACUUUCAGCCGCUGUUCGUGCCGACGCUGAGUUUCGGCUUCAAGAAUCUCGAGCAGCUGCGUGCCAAGCUGAUGACGCCGGACAAAUAUGCCGGAAUCAUAUUUACGAGUCCGCGUUGCGUGGAAGCCGUUGCGGAGUCACUGCAGCUGUCGGAGCUGCCAGGUGGUUGGAAGCUAUUGCAUAACUAUGCCGUUGGCGAGGUUACGCACAAUCUGGCAAUGAAUACGCUGCAACAGCUCUUCACCCACGGCAAACAGACGGGGAAUGCCCGGAAUCUGGGUGAAUUCAUUGUGGACACAUUUGAUGGAUCACGGAAUUUACCAUUGCUGCUGCCCUGCGGCAAUCUAGCAACGGAUACGCUCCUCUCCAAGCUGCUGGAGAAUGGAUUCUGUGUGGACGCCUGUGAGGUGUAUGAGACCAAGUGUAAUCCUCAGCUGGCCGAGUGCAUGGAGCGUGCCCUCAAAGCGGAUAAUAUUGAAUUCCUGGCAUUCUUCUCACCAUCCGGCGUCAAUUGUGCCAACGAAUACUUCAAGGCCCACAAUAUCUCGCCGGAUCAAUGGAAACUAGUGGCCAUUGGACCAAGUACGCGGCGUGCUCUCGAAUCUCUUGGCCUCAAAGUCUUUUGCACUGCUGAGCGUCCGACGGUGGAACACCUGGUCAAAGUGCUGCUCAAUCCGCAGGAGAGCCGGGAGCGUUUGGUGCGCGAGCGGGAACGAGAGAGGGAGCGGGAACUGACAGCAGCUAUGGAUUUAGCAUAAAUUAAUUAACAUACUUUUACUUUUUACAUACUGUCUGUCUAACCAAUAUUUAUUAGUUGUUUCGACUGUUCUAUCUCUAUCUCUCUUUGCUAUGUGACCUCCAUGAGUACAAAAUUAGUGAGCCCAGCAUAAAAUGUUGUGUGCAUUGUAAGUUUAUUUUUGAUGCCAUUUACUCACCUCGAUUGAAGCUAAAUAAAUUCGUUUUUUUUUCGUAUCUAAAUUU